CAUCAGGAUGCUUACCGCAAGUGGUGCAAGGCCAAUAAAUUUGCCUCAAUGCUACCUCAAGAUAUCAAGGAGCGCAAGACUGCUGCUGCUGCUGUUGCGAGUGCACAGCAAGCUAAUCUCGAUGGCCAUCUCCACAAGAUUGAGCCUCAUGAGGCCAUUAUUCCCUACUCUGACUCACUGUUUCGUGACACCGCUGUGGAAUGGCUCAUAUCCACUGGACAGCCCAUCCAAGCUGUGGACCACCCCAGUUUCAAGAAGAUGAUAGAUGUCACUUCACGUGCUGCACACGGUGUC